AUGCCCACCACGACCGGACUCACCCGACGGAACACGGAACCUAUCAUUAACACACUCUUCACCGACACGAAGCUAGGGAAGAACGAGAAAAUAGCUUACAUCGACAAUGAAAUCAAGCGGGUAGAGGACAGCAUUGUCAAACUCGUUAUGCAACGCGCAAGUCUCAAACGAAGUCGGAAUGCAUACUCCCCUGCAGUCAACCUUCCACCCGAACUACUAUCCCUCAUUUUCGAGUUUGCAUGCCUUCCCGGAUGUAGCGGCCAUGACCACAAAAAUGAUCUGCACGGAGAGGGACUGCAUGGCGAGAUUAGCAUGGGGGUGAGUAUUGGGCAUGGUGCUGUCACCCCACUGUUCAUUGGCACUGUCUGUAGCGCAUGGCGACGUGUCGCGCAGAGCACCACACAGCUCUGGAGUAACGUUACAGUAUACAUGAACAAUCGGCACGCAGAUACACAAGCUGCCCUACUCCAGACAUGGCUCAAGCACUCCGGCCAACGCCCUCUCUUCAUCAAACUGGUAGAAGAUGAUACAAAUGAUCAGGAAGACGAUAACGAAGAAAUCGAUUGGGGUAUCGACGUAACUUCGACAGCCGUGAUCAAUGUACUCGCCGCGCACUCGAAGCAGUGGCAUACCAUCGACAUAUUCGUGCCUCAUUCAUGGAAGUCUGUUCUCGCAAAAAUAAGACACGAGCUUCCGCUGCUCACAAACGCGACGCUGCGUGUGGCAGAUUGUAGCCCGUCUCUCGCCCGUGUGGACGCCUUUGCGUUUGCCCCACAGCUACGCGAGGUCCGGCUCGUAGGGUACUCAGUCACCGACGUGCAUCUGCCGUGGGCCCAGCUACACCGUCUUGAUGGAGAGUAUUUCAGUCCCGGGGAUUGUCUCGACACAUUACAUCUUGGCCCUCAGCUCCGGACAUGCCAGUUCGAACAGUUGUCUCGCGGGAUGCAGCCCUUCAAUAUUCGGCCUAUACGGCACGAAUACCUCACAUCGUUGGAGUUGAUCAUGGAUACUGCAAACGACCUCAACACGCUGUUUGGUGCAUUGACACUGCCCCAUCUCACAGAGCUCGUUCUGUCUCUAUCGGAUGAGGAGUCGGUUCUGUGGCCGGUGAUCCCAUUGAUGCGUCGUUCACGAUUUAAACUUCAAAGUCUGCAUCUCGUCGGCUCAACGCCUGAAGAGCAACAGUUAAUCGGAUUCUUAGAGGAGCAGCCCUCUCUCAAAUCGCUGCUUUUGAUUAACCCACUCACGGAUACUGGCGGCAAGCUCAGCUAUCGUUUUAUCGAUGCGAUGACAUCCAAUAAGAGCAUUAAGACGGACGAUACAGAACGAGGAGAAGCGUCAGAAUCACGGAACGAGACGGGCACAGAAGCACACUCUUCGCAUCUCCUCCCCAUGCUUGAGCAUUUUGAGUAUCAAGGUACAAUGUCAUUCAGUUCCCAUGAUCUGGUUGAUCUUCUUGCCAGCCGGUGGCGGUUAAUGAACAAUCAGGAGUCUGUCAGGAAGACACACCCUCCAAAUUUCUCUGUAUUCUUUGGAGAGGCUGUCAUAUACAAGACUGAACCCGCUGAUAUGCAAAUCAUGGACGAAUCACCGCCGAUAACCAGUCAAACCUACCAUAACCCAACCUCAGCCUCGUCUUCUCAAACCGAUGAAGAAGGCUCCAAAACACCAGCUGGCAAGAGGACGCUAGAAAUAGCACAGCUCCGCACUGUAGUUAUCACCACUUCCAAAAAGCUGCAUUUUACGACGUCCGACACUCAAAGAGUGCAACAACUCAUGGCGGAGGGCAUGCGCCUCGAUUUCCUCGCUACUUCAGCUCUUAACUUUAUGGCCAAUACAUAG